UAUCGAUCAGUCUGCGCGCGCAAUGGAAAACUGUCAUACGAAUUUUGUACGUGAAAAAAUACCAUAGCGACACCGUGUCUAGGUUAUUUUAACAAGUUUUAAAGAAAUAAAUGCACUAGAAUUACUAGAAAUAAUAAUAAAAUAUAGUUUUUGAAGUAAAACAGUGUAUUACGAUGGUUUUACAUUAGUUUUUGUGGAUAUGGUGUAUUAAUUUUUUAUCUGUAUUUCGCCGGUUGCAGACUAAAGGUUAAGAUGUGGACGGUAUGCCUGCCAGGAUGGGCAGCGGCCGUGGUGGCGGGUGCCCUACUGCUGUACGGGAGCAUAGACGUAGCCUACUUCGCCAGGAUGAUGUACACUGUCGCUAAGGCACGGUAUUUCAAGAAGAAAGUCUGUAUCAUGGAUACUACUGAGGUGGAAGCAUGGUGUCUAGUAAAUGACAUCGACACGCUCCUCUACCACAUGAACAACGCCCGCUACCUUCGGGAGCUGGACUUCGCAAGAGCUGACUUUUAUGAAAGGACGGGCCUCUACGCCAACAUCAAGGCAGCAGGCGGCGCCGUGGUGCAGGCUGCUUGCACCAUCAGAUACAGGCGGUUUCUGAAACCGUUCACCAAGUUUAUUAUUACUUCUAAGGCAAUAUUCUGGGACGAUAAGACAGUGUUUAUGGAGCAUGAGUUCAUAGGCCCUGGUGGCUUCGUGCACGCGAUAGCAGUAUGUCGGCAGCGAGUUAUUGACACUUCUGCUGCUGCUAUAGCAGAAUUACUGCUGCAGCUGCAUUGCGGAGGGUCUUGCAGACACCCUCCUGAGAAGAUGCCCCCUGAGUUGGAGCUUUGGGUGCAAUGUAAUGAGCUGAGCUCAGCUCGUCUUCGAGCACCAACUGCUCCAUUACCAGUCCUAGACGCUACCCAAAACCUUGGCUGCGGAGAAAUGGUACCAGCAGCAGUUGAGUGAAGCCACCUUUUUCACUAUCCAGCUCAGCAUACACACAACAAGUGCGAGUGAGACGACAAUAGGGUAUGCUCGCUCGAUAGUGAAAUUUUUGUCAGAUGUCGCGUUAUCGCCGUGCGGUACGGACGUGUUAAACGGAAUUUAAUGUUAAAAGCUCAGCUUUUGAUGUUAAUUUCUUUAAAAAAAGUUGGUUUAAGGGACGGAUUAUAUGAAGCUGUGUUCGCAGGAUAAGCAGAGGUGCUUCUGUGUAUUAACAUAAAAUGUAUCUGUAUUUACCUAUAAGUGUUUAAAUGAUAUAAAAAUUUAAACGAAAGCUUUUUAUUGUUUUGAAUAAUUUAAUCAAUGGCAGAUUGAUCUUGUUUUAUUGUGUAUCCGUGUGUGUUUGUUUUUAGAUGUCAUCACAAGUAAUUAAUAUCCAAAAAUGUAAUGGAUCAAAGUAUUCAAUUGAAUAUGCUUGUUAAUUAUGAAAUUUAUUUAUUUGAAUGUGUUUAAUGGAUAUCAUGUUAUAAAAUAUCGUCAAAUUAUGUGAUCUUCUAGCUAAGCUAGGUUAAAAUAAUUAAUAUUAAUAAAGAUGUAAGGGUUAGUUCACAUUGAGUUUAGGUUUAAAGAAAUUAUCCUUGAGGGAUUUCCAAUGAAGUAAGUGAUAUAUCUAAUGAGAUCUUUUUCUAGAUCUGUUUCCACAAGCGGAUU